UCUUCAGUAUCUAGCUAUACCGGCCUGGCUACCAGAGCCGCAGCCUGAAUGACAGUAGAAGUCUAGAGAGUAGCCUAUUAGUCUACUCACGCAGUCUCGGGCAGAAACGAGUCUUAGCUAUUGGGCCACAAAGCAAGUCAUGUCAGCAACCAAAUCGCAAGAGUCAUCACAUGGCCUUCAAAUAUGCAGGCUCAUGCGCCCGGAUGAUGCCAACAUUGUGGGCAACGUCCAUGGUGGCACCAUCCUAAAAAUGAUUGAAGAGGCCGGCUGUAUCAUUGGCACACGCCACUGCAACACCCAGCCAGGAGAUCGCUGUGUUGCCGCUCUUGCCAGGGUGGAGCGCACGGACUUUCUGUACCCCAUGUUCAUUGGUGAGGUGGCUCAUGUCAGCGCAGAGAUCACCUACGCCUCUAAACACUCUGUGGAGGUGCAGGUCAACGUCAUGUCUGAGAAUAUCCUCACAGGCUCUAAGAAACUGACCAACAAGGCAGCUUUAUGGUAUGUCCCCUUCUCCAUCCAGAACCUGGAGAAGAUUAUUAAAGUGCCUCCCAUCAAAUAUGCCAGUGCGGAAGAGGAGGCGGAAGGGAAGAGGCGAUAUGAGGCCCAGAAGAUGGAGAGACUGGAGACCAAGGAGAGAAACGGAGAGCUGAGUCGUCCUGUGCCUGCCCCAGAUAGAACAACAAAAGAGCCACACACUGUUGGAUUCAGCCAGUCUAGCCUGAUUCAUCUAGUGGGACCCUCUGACUGCACACUGCUAGGAUUUGUCCACGGAGGUGUGACUAUGAAGUUAAUGGACGAAGUGGCUGGUAUUGUGGCAGCUCGACACUGCAAGACCAACAUUGUCACUGCCUCUGUGGAUGCCAUCAACUUCCAUCGCAAGAUAAAAAAAGGCUGUGUGGUGACUGUGUCUGGUCAGAUGACGUUCACCAGCAACAAGUCCAUGGAGAUUGAGGUAUUUGUGGAUGCUGAUCCUCUGAUCGAGACAGAGGAGGGGAAGUAUCGUGCCGUCACAGCCUUCUUCACUUACAUCUCCCUGGACAAGGAGGGCAAGCCUUUACCCGUUCCCCCACUCAAGCUUGAAGGGGAGGAAGAGCAGAAGAGGUUUGAGGAAGGGAAAGAACGGUAUCUUCAGAACAAGACAAAGAGACUGGCAGGCAUAGAGAGAAAACAAUGACAUCACUCUCCACCACGAUAGAAACCCAGGAACACCGUAGCACCAUGCCAUUCCGUUCCUGUCUUAAAUAGCAAACCAAGAGAAAAAUGUGUGACUUGGAAAAAAAGAUGAGCUGCUUCUUUUAACUUUUGUUUCAGUGCGUGCAACACACCAAAGUGUCUAUACUGUAACUGUAUAUGAAGGAAAACUAUAAAAGUAUUAUUUUAUCCACUAAAUAUUUAUUUUUAAGAAGGCUAGACAUGCAUACAUCUGUGUAAAACGUUCUGUAUGUGCGUCAGAAGAUAACAAAUAAAUAUAUGUGAGUAAAAUAAUAUUCUACAAACAAUCAGUUAUUGCCUUACAACCUUGGUGUGUUCUCUGAUGUCAUUGUCUUGGGCCUGCCUUGGUGAAGAGUGCCACCACGAUGCAUCUUUUCUGCAUUUUGUUAUUCACAGAGAUGUCAGCCCUGGGCGGCAUGGUUCUGACUCAACAGUCAUCUCUCUCUCUCCUCCUCCCCUCUCUCUGUCUGCACCCUUCUCAAUCACCCUGUCAUUGCCUACUCUAACUGUGUCUGUAUUGCAUUCUUUACAUAGGCUUCAGAUGUUUUACUAUCUUCCUUCACCUCUAUUUCCUUUUUGCAUUCUCUUUAUAUUUUGAUUGAUAUAGUACAGGAUUCUCCAGUGGCCUGA